AUGGUGACUGAAAUAAAGUUACAAAAAUUAUAUGAUAUGUUAUGUGACGAUAAACCACAACAAGUUGAGUCUGUAAGCAAAUCAUCAUCAUCAUCAUCAGAUUCUGAGAACAGUAUUAUUGAGAUAUUUGCGAAUGAUCAUACAUGUCUUAUUGUUAGAAUGUGUACUUUUAUCAUACAUAUAUCGGAAUGGUUAGUAGAAAAUUCUGAAACAAAAAAAACACGUCGACCAUAUCUUCAUGAAUUUUUGCGUUUGUUACUCGAUAAACCACAAUACAAAGAUUAUGCAGCAUAUGUCAUUCCUGAACAAGGUAUAUUCAAGAUUUAUUUACCACAUGCGGUAGCAAAAUUAUGGAAAUAUGUUAAAGGACGAAAUACAAAACAUGGUAUGACCUAUGAUAAACUUGCCCGUGCCCUACGAUACUAUUAUAAGUUAAAUAUAGUUAAUCCUGCGCCGGGCACAUAUACAUUUCGAUUUGGGAUUAAAUCAGGUUUCGGUACAGAAUGGACACCAAAAAUAUGUUCAAAAUGA